AUGUUUUUUUUGUGUGUGUCGCAGUCUGAGGACCAGCGCAACCCGGUGCUGGCGGCCAGCCCCUACCACUCGACGGGCGGCCCGCUGACGGUGGGGGAGGCGCCCUACCACACGCCGCUCUCCAGGGCGUUCCUGGAGGCGGCCGCCUACCUGGGGUACCCGCUGAGGGACACCACCUCAGACCCCAACCAUGGCUUCCAGUUCAUAGAGGGAACAACCCGAGCUGGCCAGCGGUGUUCCAGCAACAAAGCGUUCUUGUCGUCCAAAGUGCGCCGCCGACGCAACCUCACCAUCUGGCUGCGAACCAGGGCCCUCAAGAUCAUCAUGGAGAACGGCCGCGCCGUCGGUGUGCAGGUGGCCCGCAAGAGCCGCGCCCCGGCCGUGAGGGAGGUGCGGGCCCGCCGCGAGGUCAUCCUGUCCGCGGGGACCCUCAGCGACCCACAGCUGCUGAUGCUGUCCGGCAUCGGGCCCAGCCAACACCUGCGCGAGCUGGGCAUCCCAGUGCUGGCGAACCUGUCCGUCGGCUACAAUCUGCAGGACCAUGUGGGCAUCGGCGGCAUCACCUUCAUGGUGAACGAGACGGGCGUCGGCCUGACGGAGGAGCAGCUGCGAGCGCUGCCCAACCUGGCGGCCUGGAUCACCAAGGGCCAGGGGCCGCUCACCGUGCUGGGCGGCGCGGAGGCGGUGGGAAUCUUGAAUUCGUCGCACAACGAACGAGGUCAGGACUGGCCCGACCUGGAGCUGCUGUUCGCUGGAGGCUCCACCAACGUGGACGAGGGCGGCCUCAAAAUGGCGCACGACCUCUCUGACGAGGUCUACGACAAGGUGUACCGCCCCAUCAAGGGCCAGACGUCCUGGACCAUCUUCCCCAUAGGGCUGCACCCGCACAGCCGCGGCCUGGUGCGCCUGCGGUCCCGCAACCCGUACGACGCGCCGCUCUUCUACCCCAACUACUUCGCUGACCCGCGCGACGUGCGCGCCAUCGUGGAGGGCGCGCAGCUGGCGGUGCGCUUCUCCAGGACGCCGGCCAUGCGCCGCUACGGGUCGCGCCUGCACGACGUGCCCAUCCCGGGCUGCGAGCGGAUACCCUUCGCCACCGACGCCUACUGGGAGUGCCAGCUGCGGCACUACACCAUGCUCUUCCACCACCAGAUGCAGAGAAUAGCUGAAGCUAUAGCUGAAAAUUAUAAGUUCGGCCCCGGCAUCUAUGAUCGUCUCUGA